UGCCGCGCCGAGGGGUGGAUCCGUAGCUGCCCCGAGCCUCAAAAAAGCCUCACUGGAGACAGGGCCGGACCAGUCCUGCAGCCCGGCGUCCCGUUCUGUUGUCCCGCCGCCCGCAACCAUGGCGAAGCCCCUGACCGACCAAGAGAAGCGACGGCAGAUCAGCAUUCGCGGCAUCGUGGGCGUGGAGAACGUGGCGGAGCUGAAGAAGGGCUUCAACCGGCACCUACACUUCACUCUGGUCAAGGACCGCAACGUCGCCACCCCCCGCGACUACUUCUUCGCUCUGGCGCACACUGUGCGCGACCACCUGGUGGGGCGCUGGAUCCGCACACAGCAGUACUACUACGACAAGUGUCCCAAGAGGGUUUAUUACCUCUCUCUGGAAUUUUACAUGGGCCGAACAUUACAGAACACCAUGAUCAACCUUGGCUUACAAAAUGCCUGUGAUGAGGCCAUUUACCAGCUUGGAUUGGACAUGGAGGAGUUAGAAGAAAUUGAAGAAGACGCUGGGCUCGGCAAUGGUGGUCUUGGGAGGCUUGCUGCCUGCUUCCUGGACUCCAUGGCAACCCUGGGACUUGCAGCCUAUGGAUACGGCAUCCGCUAUGAAUAUGGAAUCUUCAAUCAGAAGAUCCGUGAGGGAUGGCAGGUAGAAGAGGCAGAUGAUUGGCUCCGACAUGGGAACCCUUGGGAGAAGGCUCGCCCUGAGUUCAUGCUGCCUGUGCACUUCUAUGGAAGGGUAGAGCACACCCAGACUGGGACCAAGUGGGUCGACACCCAGGUGGUCCUGGCCCUGCCUUAUGACACCCCGGUGCCUGGGUAUAUGAACAACACGGUGAACACUAUGCGCCUCUGGUCAGCUCGAGCACCGAACGACUUUAACCUGCAAGACUUUAAUGUUGGAGACUACAUUCAGGCUGUGCUGGACCGGAACCUGGCUGAGAAUAUCUCCAGAGUGCUCUACCCCAAUGAUAAUUUUUUUGAAGGGAAGGAGCUGAGGCUAAAGCAGGAGUACUUUGUGGUGGCUGCGACCCUGCAGGAUGUCAUCCGACGCUUCAAGGCCUCCAAGUUUGGCUCCAAGGAUGGCGUGGGAACCGCGUUCGAAGCCUUUCCAGACCAGGUAGCCAUCCAGCUGAAUGACACACACCCUGCGCUCGCCAUCCCGGAGCUGAUGAGGAUUUUUGUGGAUAUUGAGAAACUGCCCUGGUCCAAGGCAUGGGAGAUCACCAAGAAAACCUUUGCCUAUACCAACCACACGGUGCUCCCGGAGGCGCUGGAACGCUGGCCGGUGGAGCUGGUGGAGAAGCUGCUGCCUCGACACUUGGAGAUCAUCUAUGAGAUCAAUCAGAAGCAUCUGGAUAGAAUCGUGGCCUUGUUCCCUAAAGACAUUGACCGCAUGAGGAGGAUGUCUCUAAUCGAAGAGGAAGGAGGUAAAAGGAUCAACAUGGCCCACCUCUGCAUCGUGGGCUGCCAUGCUGUGAACGGUGUAGCCAAGAUCCACUCGGACAUCGUGAAGACCCAAGUAUUUAAGGACUUCAGUGAGUUAGAACCAGACAAGUUCCAGAAUAAAACCAACGGGAUUACCCCGCGGCGCUGGCUCUUACUCUGCAACCCAGGGCUGGCUGACUUGAUAGCAGAGAAAAUCGGAGAAGACUACGUGAAAGACCUGAGCCAGCUAACAAAGCUCCACAGCUUCGUGAGCGACGACCUCUUCCUCCGGGAAAUAGCCAAAGUGAAGCAGGAAAAUAAGCUGAAGUUCUCCCAGUUCCUGGAAAAGGAGUACAAGGUGAAGAUCAACCCAUCGUCCAUGUUUGAUGUCCACGUGAAACGGAUCCACGAGUACAAACGGCAGCUCCUGAACUGUCUGCAUGUGAUCACCAUGUACAACCGCAUCAAGAAAGACCCUAAGAAGUUAUUCGUGCCGAGGACAGUCAUCAUUGGUGGCAAAGCUGCCCCCGGAUAUCACAUGGCCAAAAUGAUCAUAAAACUCAUCACCUCUGUGGCAGAAGUGGUGAACAAUGACCCCAUGGUCGGCAGCAAGUUGAAAGUCAUCUUCUUGGAAAAUUACAGAGUGUCUCUUGCUGAAAAAGUCAUUCCAGCCACAGAUCUAUCGGAGCAGAUCUCCACGGCGGGCACGGAAGCCUCCGGGACAGGCAACAUGAAGUUCAUGCUCAACGGGGCCCUGACCAUCGGGACUAUGGAUGGGGCCAACGUGGAGAUGGCAGAGGAAGCCGGGGAGGAGAACCUGUUCAUCUUUGGCAUGAGGGUAGAUGAUGUGGCCGCUUUGGACAAGAAAGGGUAUGAGGCAAAAGAGUAUUAUGAGGCCCUUCCAGAACUGAAGCUGGCCAUCGACCAAAUUGACAACGGCUUCUUUUCUCCCACUCAGCCUGAGCUCUUCAAAGACAUCAUCAACAUGCUGUUUUAUCAUGACAGGUUUAAAGUCUUCGCAGACUACGAAGCCUACGUCAAGUGUCAAGAAAAAGUCAGUCAGCUGUAUAUGAAUCAAAAAGCCUGGAACACGAUGGUACUCAAAAACAUAGCUGCCUCGGGGAAAUUCUCCAGUGACCGGACAAUUAAAGAAUACGCCAAGGACAUCUGGAACAUGGAGCCCUCGGAUAUGAAGAUUUCCCUAUCCAACGAGUCUAGCAGAGGCAUCAACGGGAAGUGAUAGGAAAAUGUCUCUCAGAAAGGAAUGACUGCUCAUUGAACUUGAAUAUUUUUAUAGCUUUGUUGAUUCUGUUUUGUUAUUGAACAAUUAGUAAUUAGUUAAGUGUCUUUGGGAAUGGGAAAGGAAAAUGUAUGGCUGUAUUAGAGAUGAAAAAUAAAAUGCAAACUUCCAGCUGUCA